AAAUACACCAUAUAGUUUCUGAAAUCCAAAAAAAUAAAUCCGUAAAAAAAUGGCAGCAGCAACAGCAUCUUUGAGCAGCACUUUACUAGCACCCUGCAGCUCAAAGCAGCCGCAGCCGCAACAGCAACAUCAGCAUCAGCAGCUCAAAUGCAAGUCCUUUUCCGGCCUCCGCCCACUGAAGCUAAACAUCAGCAGCAACAACAGCAGCAGCAGUCUAUCGAUGUCUUCUGCAAGAAGAUCAAUGACUUGCCGUGCAGAGUUGAGCCCAUCAUUGGUGAUAAGUCUGAGUACAGGGCUAUCCCUUUUCUUAGGAAGGUUUGUGUUCUUCAAUUUCCAGAGGGAGAAUAUGGCCAAACAGGUGCCUGAACAAAAUGGUAUGUCUCAUUUUGAGGCGGGCGAUACUCGUGCUAAGGAGUAUGUGAGCCUUCUUAAGUCUAAUGAUCCUGUUGGGUUUAACAUUGUUGAUGUUCUUGCUUGGGGUUCUAUUGGUCAUAUUGUUGCUUAUUAUAUCUUGGCUACUGCUAGCAAUGGUUAUGACCCUAGCUUCUUUUAAAUUAUCAUAUUUCGGAUUUUAGUUUCUUUUUUAAUUGUUAUAUUAUUAUUAUUAUUAUUAUUAUUAUGUUGAGUUGUUGUGUAAUUAACAGAUUCUGCUCAAAUAUUAUUGCAUUCACUUCUGUAUUA